GAUCUUGACUUGCGUUUUGCGUCAAGUGGUCCGGAGUGAAGUUAGUAGCAACGCGUGCCGUCAAGAUGGCGGCACCAAGCGCCGUAUAUACGCGUCUCUGAUACGCGUGCGUUUAUUUGCGUGUCGCGCGAUGCGAGCGAGGCGGAGCGGCUCGUGAAUAUUCGCAUAUAUACGCUUUCGAGGGCGCGUUUCGGGCCGGAUUUUCCGCAACAUCGACAAAUGAGACGCGGCGAGCGAGGCGAGGUCUGCGACAAGUGCUUGCCGAGAGCGCGAUCAAACGAUGAACUAUCUCAACAGUAUAGCAGGCGGCACGACGACUACCGACUCGGGCCUGCAGCUGAACAAUGUCGAGAUUCUCUACACGAAGGUGCAGAGGAUUUACAUCAAGCCGCAGCAUAAAGAGGAACGCCAACGGGAUCUCAGAGUCAACGUCGAGAUUCACGCUGGCAUCAGUCCAGUCUGCCGCAAGAGUUUAUGUGUUAUGCUGGCUGACGAUGACGAUCCAUGUUUUCUCUAUUCUUUAUUUAUUACUGAAGAUGAUUUUAAAGUGUUAAAAGCGCAGCAGGGUCUGCUGGUUGAUUUUGAUAACUUUGCUACUCAAUUAAUAUGUUUGUUGGAGCAAUGUCACAUUCCAGGAAUAAGUCAGUUGUCAAAGACUCCACCAAAGUUUCUUCUGUUGUUAGCGGAAGAGACUGGAGAUUGGAAUUUCAAGCUUGUGGAAACAAAUAAUUUCAAACAUCUCUGCCACUUGAGUUUAAACAUAUCACCCGCAAGUGAUUCAGAUUUGAAAACACACAUGGCAAUGAAGAUUAAGCAGUUGAAAGAAAAUCUUUCACAACAAAAUAAAGAUGCAGUUAGUUUGGAGACUAGAUUGAACGAUUUGACAAACAAGCUGGAAACAAAAACAAAAGAAUUGGAACAAAUGGAGCAAAAAUACCUAACUGAAAAAAAUCAGAUACAAUUUAAUUCAUCACAGCAAAUAAAUAUAGAAAAAGACAGAUUGGCACAAGCGCGACUGGAAUGGCAACGACAGAGUGAAAAAGAGAAAAUGGAAGUUGAACAGAGGCAUGCUGAAACUGUGAAACAAUUACACACAGAACUUGCCGAGUUACGAACACAAAACAUGACAUAUAAAGAUAAACAAUCUUUUUUAGAAGCUACAAAUAUGGAGCAAGUGAAACAAUUGCAGAAUCUCGAGAAAGAACUUAAUAUUGCCGAACGAGAUUUGGCACUACUUAAGAAGCAAAAUUCAAAAUUGGAUGUGGAUUAUCAUGAUAAAGAUAAAACAGUUAAUAGUUUACGUACAAAAGUAGCUGUACUUGAACAAGAAUUAAAAGACAAAACAGUAAUUAUUAAUAAACACCUCGAAAUGCUUAAAUCAGGUAAAGAACAAAAACAACAUUUGGAAGAUCUUUUAACUGAAAGAGACAGUCAGUUGCAACGCAAACAAAACUCUUUGAGGAGUCUAAGCGACGAACUAGUAAAAGCCAAUGAAAUCUUAACUAAGUUACAAAACGAACUCGCCUCAACCAAAUCCAAGUUGAAAUUAAGAACGAGCAUAGCACUCGAACAAGAAAGAUUGUUAGAUUCCAAACAGAAAGAAGUUGGCCAAUUAGAAAUCAAAAUGGAGGGUCUUGUCAAAGAUGCGAAAGAUGCAAAGAGUGAAGUGGAUAAUUUAAAAGAACAGAUAAAAACUUUGCAACAACAAUUGGAGGAAAAAGAAAAGAUCAUAAAGAAUAAUGAUAACGUAAUUAGCUGGCUGAAUCGAAGAUUGGCAGACAAUCAGUCACAAAGCGCUAUUACACCAGCUCCAGUUACGAUUUCAUCCUCCGUUCCGCUAACGUUACCUAGAACAAAUAAAUUAUUUCCUAACCGAUAUGAAACACGCACGCCCGCGCCCAGCACGACACAGCCCAGCACGUUAUCGGGAUUACCGAUGAAGAAUCCAAUCGUGCAAAAUCCAAACAUUAACCAGACCACUCGUACGACAGCACGAUCGAUGGGUGUCGGUGUAACGGAAAGUUCAGUGGGAUUAACCACUUUUAACAAGAGCCCCUUGAUCUCGAGCACUAGCACGCCUAUGGACCGUUUCAAUUCGUUUAAUAAAAUAUCAGGAAAUCCACCAGCUUCAACAUCGGCACCAGCUAUAAUAGAAAAUAACAAUGGUCCAGCUGUGAUCUCGAAUGGUACAAAAACGAAAACUGCAAAUGUUGGCUUGCAGGGUGGAUUGAGACGAGCAGGAUUAUCCGACAAACCCAUUUUACCUUCGGCAUAUUUUCCCAAGACCUUGCAUUAAUCCUGCAUAAAAUGCACGGAAGGAAUUAUCAAUGUAAAAAUUGGUGAGUUGAACUCAUGUCACAGUACUUUAAGAAUCAAAACGUAGGAACGACAAAACUGUAAUAUCAUUACAAGCGUGAUAUUUCAAGUUUGCCGUCUCGGAGGUAGUACAAAUACUUGUAAGAAUGAUUAGUAUUAUUUACAAGACAUUUUUUAUAAAAAAAA